CCUUCGACGCUUGGUUAACUUUGUCAACGGAAAAUUCCGCCUUUUGCGCCUCAAAAUUGCAAAAAAUGAAGAAAGCCAAAUUGCAUCACCAAUAGUUUUGGCUGCAGUUUUCGGAAUUUUCUUAUUAAUUUUUUUUGUUACUAUUGAUAACGCUAAACAUCCGCAUUCAAAAGAUUCUAUUCAUCAGAUCCUUUUUCUUAAUUAAAAAAAAUUGGAUUUUUUUUAUCCAAUUUGGCCAAAUUAAGAGGACGCAGAGUGUUGUGGUUAUUUUAAUUGCUCUUUUACGUAAUUCUCUACGUUCUAGUUUUUGUUUUUGUUGAGAUAGCACACACCGUGCGAGCGCAAAGUCAGGUUUUUUCUUCUAACAAGCUGAUAAGAUAAAGAAAAGAAUCAGUCUUCACCAGAAUUACCAACAUUUUCUUGAGCCGCGCAUUUCCUUCUCUUCAAUAAUUUUUUUCCUUUUUUAUUUUUUUAUUAUAUAAUUUAAUUUUUGUAAUGGGUUGCGAUGAGUAGGACCUCCUACCGGCUGCUGGUGUCCCACAACGGACACCUAGACCGCCUCAACUCCCUGAGCAGUGAUGAUGACAUGAUCGAUAUCACCACAACAGGCACCGUGUCCGAAAGAGCCAUGCUCGAGGAGGAAUUAGCCACGGCUUCUCACGGGACAACAGAGAGCGAUGACAUUCCUGGCAUUGGUCAGUAUGAGGAUUUCCACACGAUCGAUUGGCAACGAGACAUUGCCAGGGACCGGAUGCGUCACCGUUACAUCGUCAAAAAGAAGCAGGACUCGAUCUUUGACCUGAUCCGCGGCGCCCACGACGCCUGGUCAGGAUGGGUGUGCGUCCUGCUGGUUGGUCUGUUCACCGGCGCGUUGGCUGGGGUCAUUGACAUCGGCGCCAGCUGGAUGACUGACCUCAAGUACGGCAUCUGUCCGCAGGCCUUUUGGCUCAACCAGGAGCAGUGUUGCUGGUCCUCCAAUGAAACCGACUUUGAACUCGGCUCCUGCAGCCAGUGGCUGACAUGGCCUGAAAUGUUCGGCCUCUCAAGAGAAGGCACCGGGCCUUACGUUUUGUCCUACCUUCUGUACAUCCUGUGGGCCCUCCUCUUUGCAGCCCUGGCAGCAUGUCUUGUGAGGAUGUUCGCACCUUACGCCUGUGGCUCCGGUAUUCCUGAGAUCAAAACGAUCCUGAGUGGAUUCAUCAUCAGGGGCUACCUCGGCAAGUGGACUUUGAUAAUCAAGUCAGUCGGCAUCAUGCUCUCGGUCUCUGCGGGACUCAACCUGGGCAAGGAAGGCCCCAUGGUCCACAUCGCCUGCUGCAUAGGCAACAUUCUCUCCUAUCUCUUUCCCAAGUACGGGAGAAACGAAGCUAAAAAGAGAGAGAUUUUGUCUGCGGCAGCAGCUGCAGGAGUAUCAGUGGCUUUUGGAGCGCCAAUCGGUGGCGUCCUUUUCAGCUUAGAAGAGGUGAGCUACUACUUCCCACUGAAAACCCUUUGGCGCUCUUUCUUCUGCGCUCUGGUGGCCGCAUUCAUCCUGCGCUCCAUCAACCCCUUCGGCAACGCCCACUCUGUACUUUUCUAUGUUGAGUACAGCAAAGACUGGAUUUUCUUCGAACUAGUUCCCUUCAUUGGGCUCGGUGUCAUUGGCGGCGUCAUUGCCACAAUGUUCAUCAAGGCCAACCUGUGGUGGUGCCGGUACCGCAAAGUCUCCCGUCUGGGGCAGUACCCUGUCACUGAGGUGCUGAUCGUGACCCUGGUGACCGCCGUCAUCGCCUACCCCAAUCCGUACACCCGCAUGAGCACCAGUCAGCUCAUCUACCUGCUGUUCAGCCAGUGCGGCGUUUCCAACUCGGACCCCCUGUGCGACUACAAUCGCAACUUCACAGACGUCAACUCGGCCAUCGAGACGGCGGCGGCAGGACCGGGGGUUUACAACGCCCUCUGGCUGCUCAGCUUGGCUCUCAUCUUCAAGCUGGUCGGCACCGUUUUCACUUUUGGCAUCAAGGUGCCCUGCGGACUGUUCAUUCCAUCCCUCUGUCUUGGUGCAAUCGUUGGAAGGUUCGUCGGUAUUGCGAUGGAGCAGCUGGCAUACAAUUACCCACACAUAUGGGUAUUCAGCGGCGAGUGCUCCACUGGAGACAACUGCAUAACGCCAGGUCUCUACGCAAUGGUCGGUGCUGCUGCUGUUUUAGGAGGAGUAACGAGAAUGACAGUGUCUCUGGUGGUUAUAAUGUUCGAGCUGACUGGAGGGGUCAGAUACAUUGUGCCACUGAUGGCAGCCGCCAUGGCCAGCAAGUGGGUCGGGGAUGCUCUCGGCCGACAAGGCAUCUACGACGCCCACAUCCAUCUAAAUGGAUAUCCAUUCCUCGACAGCAAAGAAGAAUUUGCCCACACUUCCCUUGCUGCUGACGUAAUGCAGCCAAAUAGGCGGAAUGAGCCUUUGAGUGUCAUCACUCAAGAUUCAAUGACCGUGGAUGAUGUAACAGCUUUGCUCAAAGAAACUGAACACAACGGUUUCCCUGUGGUGGUGAGCAGAGAGAGUCAAUAUCUCGUAGGGUUUGUCCUGCGACGAGACCUCAACCUUGCCAUAGCAAAUUCUAAGAAAUUAAACGAGGGCAUCACGGGCCAGUCCAUGGUGCUGUUUGUGACUCAAAACAACACUGAAGACGGCGGAGAAUCUUCGAUGGGCUCGAGACGCCCAGCGCCGCUGGUCCUCAAGAAGAUACUCGACUUGGCUCCGAUAACUAUGACUGACCAGACCCCGAUGGAGACUGUCGUCGAUAUGUUCCGCAAACUAGGACUGAGGCAAACACUCGUCACUCACAAUGGUCGCUUACUCGGGGUCAUAACAAAGAAAGACGUGCUCAGACACAUCAAGCAAAUGGACAAUGAAGAUCCCAACUCAGUGCUGUUCAACUAGAAGAGAUGGUUCAAUGUGCAAUGAGACAAUUUUUUAUGUCCGGCACUCUUCUUCCAAGUUUUCUGAACGACAAACACCGCGUCAUAAUUUUUAACUGCAUAUUAUAUUUUAAUAAUAGCUGUCUACACUGAUAGGAACUUAGAAAACAAUCGUCUCCUGGACGAAUCGCAUUAAAUCUGAGCUGCUGUUUACUCCAAAAUUUUGUUACCAUCUGGAUCCCAAAUACGUAUUAUCUUGGCAAGCAGGGACCACUUUCCAAUCUUGUUUUGUCAGCACUUCUUAUCAAGGAAAAUUGUUAAAUUUUUAUUUCUGUUUGGCAGUUUUCUUAGUUUAUCAAAAUAUUUUAUAUACCAUAUCCUUUUCCAGUUGAAAUAUUUUGCCUUUUACGCUUGUUAAGGAAACUUAAAUUAUCGAUUCGGUUCUCUCUGAGAAAACGGCUUAACUUGUAUUAAUUUAUUUAAUUGCGCGGAAAUCUCAAAUUUGAAAGUGCAAGUAGUGAGUGCGUGCUCGAGUGAGUGCGUGGACUCUCCACUGAAUGUGAUAAGUUGUGUGUGCGUGCGUGCGUGGACACCGGUUGGAAAAAGCAUCAGACGUGUUUCAGAACUAAGAAAAUUAAGAAGGAAAAAACCGCUUACACUCUCAAUGUGUGGGAAUGGCAGUGUGUAUUAAUUGUGAAGUCAAUCUACGAAUUACGAUGAAUUUACCAAAAAAGAAAAAACGAAAUAAAAAUAAAUGUGAACUGAUUGUGCAGCUCCAUUAAAAGAAAUUAAUAUAUAUUAUGCGUCCAACGAAAAGCAUUUUAA